AUCACGUUACCUAGAUUCGAUAACACCGAGCUGAUAAAGGGAUACAAUCGUACUCUUAUUGGCCGCAUCGGUCAAGCAAUUGGGAUAGUGAAGCAAGUGGAUUUGGAUGGAGGCAGGGUACAAAUCGACAAUGAUCGCUUCAAAGCGAUUGUUUUCGAAACGACGGUAGAGUUCCACAGCGGUGAAGAGACCACUAUUAAUCUACGGUAUGAGCGCCUACAUGGAUAUUGCCGGGAAUGUAUGAGCCUUUGCCAUGAAUCCAGCAGAUGCCUAUCACUGUUACCGAAGAGGGAAAGAAGAGAGGAGACGCAGUAUUUUGAGGACAAACAAGAUGGGGGUGCAAAGAGCUAUAAAGGAGCCCUUGGAGGUUCUGGAGAAAGUACAAAGGAUAAACUAGAUCAGCAAAGAUCGCAAGGAGAUUCCUCCAAAGGGAAAGGCAAGAUGGUGGAGAGUCGGGAAGAGAAUAGAGCCACUUGA